AUGCCGAGCGUCGGCGUGAAGAUCUACAGCGUCUUCUUCAAGCUGCUCCUGCGCCACCGCCUCCAGUCGCUCGCCGCCGCGGCCGCCGCCGACGGGGGCGGCGGGGACGGCGACGCGGCCGCCUUCGGGGUCUCCUGCCGCGCCGACGAGGCCACGGCGCCGGCCAACCCGGCCUUCUCCGCAGCCGACGGGGUCGCCUCCAAGGACCUGCACAUCGACCCCAACUCGGCGCUCUCCGUCCGCAUCUUCCUCCCCACGCCGCCGCCGCACCACCCGCACCUCCUCCACCCGCGCCGCGCCAGCGACCCCGCCGCCGGCCAGGCGGGCGCGCCCUACAGGGGCUACCUCCCGCACGCCGUCUCCUCCCCGCGGGCCGCCGCCUCCGCGCGCCGCAGGCUGCCCAUCGUCGUGCAGUUCCACGGCGGCGGCUUCGUCACGGGGAGCAACUGCUCCGCCUCCAACGACGCCUUCUGCCGGAGGGUCGCCAAGUUCUGCGACGCCAUCGUCGUCGCCGUCGGCUACAGGCUCGCGCCCGAGAGCCGCUACCCCGCCGCCUUUGAUGACGGGGUCAGGGUGCUUAGGUGGAUCGCCAAGCAGGCCAAUCUCGCCAUGAUGAGCAAGGUUGGGGGCGGGGUGGACACGUUCGGUGCCUCCACCGUCGAGCCCUGGAUCGCCGCACAUGGUGAUCCGGCAAGAUGUGUCCUACUUGGUGUAAGCUGUGGUGCCAACAUUGCUGAUUUUGUCACUAGGAAAGCGGUGGAAGAUGCAAAGCAAUUUGACCCAGUCAAGGUCGUAGCACAGGUUCUGAUGUAUCCCUUCUUCAUAGGAAGUGUUCCAACACACUCGGAAAUAAGGCUUGCGAACUCGUACUUCUACGACAAAUCCACAUGCUUACUUGCCUGGAGAUUACUUUUAUCAGAGAAAGAGUUCAGCUUGGACCAUCCUGCUGCCAACCCCCUGGCCCCUGGCAGAGGACCCCCACUGAAAUGCAUGCCCCCAACAUUGACGAUCGUUGCGGAACACGACUGUAUGAGAGACAGAGCAAUUGCUUACUCCGAGGAACUCCGCAAGGUAAAUGUGGAUGCGCCAGUCCUGGACUACAAAGAUACAGUCCAUGAGUUCGCAACACUCGAUGUGUUCCUCAAGACACCACAGGCUCAGGCCUGUGCCGAAGAUAUUGCCAUAUGGAUGAAGAAAUACAUAUCCCUGAGAGGGCACGAGUUCUCGUAUUAG